AUACCACUGGACUCCAACCUGGGUGACAGAGUGAGACUCUUGUCUCAAAAAAAAUUUUUUUUUUUCAACAAUACAGAGUAUAUAGAAUAAGAAGUUAACUUAGUCCCGCUUUAACUCUGUGUCAGUCAGGAAAAGAGAAAUCAUACCAGCUAAUUUUUUUCCCAGCUUUAUUGAGAUGUAAUUGAUAAAUAAAAGCUGUAUAUAUCCAAGGUAUACAGUGUGAUGAUUUGAUAUACAUUGUGUAAUGAUUACCACAACCAAAUUAAUCAACGCAUCCAUCACCACAUGUAGCUACCUUGUGUGUCUGUGGUAAGGACACUUAAGAUCUACUCUUUUACCAAAUUUCAAGUAAACAAUCCAGUAUUAUUAACUGUAGUCACCAUGCUUUACAUUAGAUUCCCAGAACUUACUCAUAACUGAAAGUUUGUGCCCUUUGACCAGUAUCUCUCCUUACACCCUGGUCCCUGUCAACCACUGUUCUGUUCUCUGUUUCUGUGAGUUCUACUUUUAGAUUCCACGUAUAAGUGAGACCAUACACUUUUUGUCUUUGUCUGGCUGAUUUCACUUAGCAUAAUGUCCUUCAGGCUCAUCCAUGUUGUCAUGACUAGCAAGAUUUCUUUUUUUUUUUUUUUUUUUUUGAGGCAGAGUCUCGCACUGUCGCCCGGGCUGGAGUGCAGUGGCGCCAUCUCGGCUCACUGCAACCCCCACCUCCCAGGUUCAAGCAAUUCUCCGACUGGCAGGAUUUCUUAUUUAUGGCUGAAUAAUAUUUCAUUGUGUGAUAUAUGCCAUAUUUUCUCUAGGACAUUUAAGUUGUUUCCAUAUAUUGGCUAUUGUGAAUAGCUGUGCAAUGAGUGUGGAAGUGCAGAUGAUCUCUUUGAGAUACUGAUUUAAUUUCCUUUGGAUCGAUACCCAAUACUAGGCAACAGAGAUAAUUUAAUAUAGGAAGUUGAUCAAAUAGAUGUUGGACUAAAAAAAUCAAAGAAGGCACAAUAUGAGAACACAGAGAUACUGCUGCAGAAACAGUAACCACCCUCUGGGUUUGGGAGGCCAGCAGAGGAAGCUUGGGCUGUCAGAACCUGGCACUUGGGGAGAAGGUGCCCCCUCUGCUGCUGCUGGCACCUGCGGGGCAGGGGCAAGCCUGGUUUGGGGAGUGCAAAAGACACUGAAGCCCAGAACCAGCUCUUGCUGCCGAGGUGAGGGGCUCAUACUGGGGUGAUACCUAAAGGAACAGCAAGCAAAUGUGAAGGGGCAAAUGCCUCCUCCUUUUUAUUUUCUAUUAGGAUCAUGUGGUUAAUUUGACUAUUCAGUCCUUAAGUCUGAGUGCCACCCAAAUAUUCUACAACCUAACUAGAGAAGUGAAAACUUACUGUUGCCUAGAGAUGGGCCCCGUGCUCACUCAGAAAGAUACCAUGAAUGGUGGGAAGAGGGAGAGUCUCUCUGUACAAAGGAUAAUUGUGUCUCGUCGCUGUGCAGAGAGGUGCCUUCUGCUGCUGGCUAGGAAACUCCAAGCCCACUUCUCUCCACUCUGCUUUGGAUGCUGGGGCUGGGACUCUGCACACUACAUUUUUCCUUUGUCAGCUGGCUUCCUCUGAAGGUUCCACCAGUCAGGGACACAAGAGAGAGCCUGAAAGGCAUGGGGAAGGGAAAAGGGAUUUGCUGUAUCCAGUUUGCCUGUUUGUUCUGUCUGUACCACCCUGGUAACAGCCCUUCAUCCUGGCAUCAGCAGUGUGUUUCAGCCUCCAGCUUUCUGGGGACAUUCACAAAACCAGCCUCAUCACAUCCCGCCAAGCCCCCUCCUUGGAGGUUCUAGCAGCAGCCAGGCAGCACCCCUUCAUCAGAGUUCUGAGUUCAACUCUUCAGACCUCUUCCUUAGCCUCCAACCCUCGUAAACUCAACCCUGGUAAACUCCAGCUUAUCCCCCGCUCCCUUAAGAGUUUCCAUCCUGCCUCAUUUCGUUAUUACAUCUGUGUUAGCUUAGAUUCCCUCUGAACAUUUUCAGUCCACUGACGCCUGUUUAAGCAAUGUCUUAUAUUAAAUUCUGUUAUAAAACCUAGUGUGGAGUCUUUUUUCCUGACUUAUCCCUAACUGCCAUAUCCCCACUCUUCUCCCCAACAGUUACUGUGAUCUGCAUUCUAAUAUAGCAUGUACCCACAUUGUACAUUAAACGUAAUUUAUAUAUAACUACGUAAGAUUCAAACUGAAUAGCAGGUGACUGGUUGACCUAAUGUUUCCUUUUUGUAUGUUAGAUUUUGUAAUUUUCCUUGCAUAUUUUUGUAAUUAAUACCUUUUUCCUUUUCUCAUAUCUCAUACUUUUUUUUUUUUUUUUUUUUGAGAUAGGGUCUCAUUCUGUCACCCAGGCUGAAGUGCAGUGACACAAUCACAGCUCACUGCAGCCUUGACCUCCUGGGCUCAAGUAAUCCUCCUGCCUCAGCCUCCCAAGUAGCCAAGACCACAGGCGCACCACCACACCUGGCUAAUUUUUUUUACUUUUUGUAGAGACAGGGUCUCACUUUGUUGCCCAGGCUGGUCUUGAACUCCUGGGCUCACACAGUCCUCCUGUCUUGGCCUCCCAAAGUGCUGAGAUUACAGGCGUGGGCCACCGUGCCUAGCCUAGCUCAUACAUUUUUAAAACAAAUUUUAUUUUCUAAUACUUACAGGCUUAUAGAAAAGUUGCAAAGGUAGUACUUCCUGUGCUACCUUUUCCCUGUUGCUAGCAUCUUAUGUUAUUAUGGUACAUUUGUCACAACCAAUAAACCAAUGUUGAUACAUUAUUAUUAGCUAAAGUCCAUACUUUAUUCAGGUGUUCUUAGUUUUUACUUAUAUCUGUUUUUUGUUCCAGAAUCCCAUCCAAGAUACCACAUUACACUUAGUCAUCAUAUCUCUGGCUCCUCGUGGCAAUGACAUUUCUCAGGUUUUUCUUGUUUUUGAUGCCCUUGGCUGUUUUGAGGAGUACUGGUCAGACAAUUUAUGAAAACCGAAUAUACAGCCUUAAAAUAGAAUGUGGACCUAAAUACCCAGAAGCACCCCCCUUUGUAAGAUUUGUAACAAAAAUUAAUAUGAAUGGAGUAAAUAGUUCUAAUGGAGUGGUGGACCCAAGAGCCAUAUCAGUGCUAGCAAAAUGGCAGAAUUCAUAUAGCAUCAAAGUUGUCCUGCAAGAGCUUCGGCGCCUAAUGAUGUCUAAAGAAAAUAUGAAACUCCCUCAGCCGCCCGAAGGACAGUGUUACAGCAAUUAAUCAAAAAGAAAAACCACAGGCCCUUCCCCUUCCCCCCCAAUUCGAUUUAAUCAGUCUUCAUUUUCCACAGUAGUAAGUUUCCUAGAUACGUCUUGUAGACCUCAAAGUACUGGAAAGGAAGCUCCCAUUCAAAGAAAAUUUAUCUUAAGAUACUGUAAAUGAUACUAAUUUUUUGUCCAUUUGAAAUAUAUAAGUUGUGCUAUAACAAAUCAUCCUGUCAAGUGUAACCACUGUCCACGUAGUUGAACUUCUGGGAUCAAGAAAGUCUAUUUAAAUUGAUUCCCAUCAUAACUGGUGGGGCACAUCUAACUCAACUGUGAAAAGACACAUCACACAAUCACCUUGCUGCUGAUUACACGGCCUGGGGUCUCUGCCUUCUCCCCUUACCCUCCCGCCUCCCACCCUCCCUGCAACAACAGCCCUCUAGCCUGGGGGGCUUGUUAGAGUAGAUGUGAAGGUUUCAGGUUGCAGCCUGUGGGACUACUGCUAGGUGUGUGGGGUGUUUCGCCUGCACCCCUGGUUUCUUUAAGUCUUAAGUGAUGCCCCUUCCAAGCCAUCAUCCUGUCCCCACGCUCCUCCACUCCCGCCCUUGGCCGAAGCAUAGAUUGUAACCCCUCCGCUCCCCUCUGAGAUUGGCCUUCGGUGAGGAAUUCAGGGCUUUCCCCAUAUCUUCUCUCCCCCACCUUUAUCGAGGGGUGCUGCUUUUUCUCCCUCCUCCUCAAGUUCCUUUUUGCACCGUCACCACCCAACACCUUCCAUGACACUUCCUUGCUUUGGCCAGAAGCCAUCAGGUAAGGUUGGAAAGAGCCUCUGACCUCCCUUGUUUAGUUUUGGAACCUUACUCACUCACUCUCCACCAGUCUGGGAAAUGAAUAUUGGGUCCUCAGCCCUGCCACCCUCUGCUGUCAUCAGCUGAUGCAUUGUUUUUAGCUCAGGUUUUGAUAAGGUGAAAAGAAUAGUCACCAGGGUUACUCAGACCUGCCAGCUCUCGGAGUCCUUGGUGGUUGAACUUGGAGAAAGACCACAUGAAGAUACUUGUAAGCACACAUGAUCCCUCUGAAUUGUUUUACUUCCCUGUAAUUGCUUUUGCUUUUAAAAAUUGAAGAAGUUUUAAACAGGGCUUUCAUUUGGUCAUCCUUGCAAUCCAUUGGGGUCUAGUUUGGAAUCUGACAACUGGAACAAAAAGAACCUUGAAUCCGGUGCAUGCCUUGGUUUUGGUGCUGCUGCUGCUUCCCAAGAUCCUCAGCAGGGAUUAAGAAAGAACUCGGUGUGCACAGCAGAUCCCCGAAAUUGGUGGGCUUGACCUCCUGGCAAAUUGCUGCGUCUUUCCACUUGCUGUUCAGGACCACUAAAUGCUGAAAUGUGGAUGCAUACCGAAAUAAAAGCAAUUCAUUGUGUACUAAAGGUUUUUUUUUUUUUUAAUUUAGUAUUUGUGUAAAACCACCUUUUGAAGCAGCAACUAUCAAGUCUGAAAAGCAAUUGAUGUUUCCAUUAAUCUUUUUCUGGGGGGAAAACCUUAGUUCUAAGGAUUUAACAUCCUGUAAGUGAAGUUUAACAUAACAGUAUUCCAUAAGCAGCCUUUUUAUUGUCAGACCAUUGCCUGAUUUUAAUAUAAUAAAAAAAAGUGUGCGUUAAUAUUUAA